UUGGCGAACCAUUGUUCAUGAUGCAUUCCGCGUACUAGCAUCCCCAGUUGCGUGCGUGCUUACCGUUGUGUAUGCGGUUUUCCCCUCGUCCGAUCUUCGUUCGACCCACCAGAGCACCAGCGUCCACCAGGGGUGUUGUGCGUUGCCGUCUUCUGCAGGGUGCAGCUUUGUUGAUUCUCAAAACCGCGUGUGUGAGAGCCUGUGUGCGCGUGCUAUUUGCUGUGAUCGUCGUCGUUACUGACGAGCGGGAUAACAGAGAGGGCCAGUGUGAAACAGACCGUGCCCGUGCAGCGUGCGGGGAACGUUGUCUUGUACGCAUCUUGACACUUGACACCGUGUGUGACCGCCAGCAGUGCAGCAAGUGCCUGUUUGAUUGUGGUUGGAACGAAAAACGGUUCAACGCGGACGUAACAGAACCGACUUGCGGUGAUAAGCGAAAAGCUCGCAUUUGUGUUCAAGUGUGCGUGUGUUUGUUGUGAGCUUGGUGUUUACUGCCUAGUGGUAUACCCGUUACACGUUAUGGAACUGUGAGCUUACCUUCGGAGCAAAAGAACUUCAACACCUCGUGUGCCCAACCACAACCGUUCACCGAACAGAUCGAAAGUUGGUGGCGAAAGCGAAGCCGAACCUGCAGGAGUUAACAUUCUACCGCAUAUUAUCUAACAGAUUGAGCCAGAUUGCCUGCGCCCAACCUAAACCCCUUCUUUAGCCCACCAAAUAUACGCCUUCGCACGAAAGCAUCACGAUGAAGUGGCGUCCCGCAAGUUUACUACUGUUUACCGUCUGCUUCCUGGUGGCGGCCGACCAGCUCGUGCAGGCCCGCGUCGCCUUCGAGAAGCUGACCGACUUCGACUUCCAGGGCACGACGUACUACAGCGUGAAGAAUCUGUCGCUGUACGAGUGUCAGGGCUGGUGCCGGGAGGAGCCCGACUGUCAGGCGGCGGCGUUCAGCUUCGUCGUCAACCCGCUCACGCCCGCGCAGGAGACGCUCUGCCAGCUGCAGAACGUGACGGCGGCCAACAAUCCGGCCAGCACGCCCCAACGUUCCUCCAGCAUGUACUACAUGGUGAAGCUGCAGCUGCGCUCGGAAAACGCCUGCCAGCGCCCGUGGAACUUUGAGCGCGUGCCGAACAAGAUCAUUCGCGGACUCGACAAUGCGCUCAUCUACACCAGCACCAAGGAGGCCUGCCUGUCGGCGUGUCUGAACGAGAAGCGCUUCAUCUGCCGCUCGGUCGAGUACGACUACAACAACAUGAAGUGUGUGCUGAGCGACUCGGACCGCCGAUCGGUUGGCCAGUUCGUGCAGCUGGUCGAUGCCCAGGGCGUGGACUAUUUCGAGAACUUGUGCCUGAAGCCAAGCCAGGCCUGUAAGUUUAGCCGCCAGUUCCAGCUGCCGCGCAUCGGCGUUUCGGACGACAAGGUAUCGCAGUACGUCGGGCUGCACUACUACACGGACAAGGAGCUGCAGGUGACUUCCGAAACGGCCUGCAAGCUGGCUUGCGAAAUCGAGAGCGAGUUCCUGUGCCGCUCGUUCCUGUACCUGGGCCAGCCGACCGGUUCCCAGUACAACUGCCGGCUGUACCAUCUCGACCACAAGUCGCUGCCCGAUGGACCCUCGACCUAUCUGAACGGUGAGCGGCCCCUGAUCGAUGUCGGCGAGCCGAGCGGAGACUACUUUGAGAACAUCUGCGAGAAGCAAUCGAACCAGGCUGAAAAUACACUCCCCGUUGUCUUUGACACCGUUGAGGAUCCGGCCGUCAAUAACCUCACGCGUAACGAUGCCAACUGCGACAAAACUGGAACUUGUUAUGAUGUCUCGGUACACUGCAAGGACACACGAAUUGCUGUGCAGGUGCGCACCAACAAACCAUUCAACGGACGUAUCUACGCGCUGGGACGAUCGGAGACCUGUAAUAUUGAUGUCAUCAAUUCCGACACCUUCCGUCUGGACCUAACCAUGGGCGGACAGGACUGUAAUACUCAGAGUGCGACCGGCAUCUACAGCAACACGGUGGUACUGCAGCACCAUUCGGUCGUGAUGACGAAGGCGGACAAGAUCUACAAGGUAAAGUGCACGUACGACAUGAGCUCCAAGAACAUCUCCUUCGGCAUGCUGCCAAUUCGUGAUCCGGAGAUGAUCCACAUCAACUCGUCGCCGGAGGCACCGCCGCCAAGGAUCCGCAUUCUGGACGCCCGUGCACGCGAGGUCGAAACCGUGCGCAUCGGAGACCGUCUGACGUUCCGCAUCGAAAUCCCAGAAGACACUCCCUACGGCAUCUUUGCCCGAUCGUGCGUCGCUAUGGCCAAGGAUUCCAAGAGCACGUUCCAGAUCAUCGACGACGAUGGUUGCCCGGUCGAUCCCACCAUUUUCCCAGCCUUCACCCAGGACGGCAAUGCGCUGCAGUCGAUCUACGAGGCGUUCCGCUUCACCGAGAGCUACGGUGUGAUCUUCCAGUGCAACGUGAAAUACUGUCUGGGACCGUGCGAACCGGCCGUUUGCGAAUGGGGACGUGAUUCAGUCGAGUCCUGGGGCAGAAAGCGUCGUUCCGUUACGGCCAGCAAUGACACCGUUGAGGAGGAGGAAGAUAUGAACAUCUCGCAGGAGAUUCUGGUGUUGGACUUCGGUGAUGAGAAGAACCGUGACUUCCUGCGCAGCGAAGCCAGCACUGACUUUGGCCGGGAUAAGACCGUCACCAUCAUUGAACCGUGCCCAACGAAAACAUCGGUUCUGGCGCUUGCCGUCACCUGUGCCCUGAUGGUGCUGGUCUACCUGUCGACCCUGUUCUGCUACUACAUGAAGAAGUGGAUGCAGCCACACAAAGUCAUGGCAUAAGAAGGAGGUCGGCGCGCAGUAAUCGUGCCCGACACCAUCGGAUGGUUGGGGCUCGAUGCCAACGCUGUGCCCGGUAUAGGGAAGGCCAGACUGAGCGCGCGGCAAGCCGUGACCGUUAACGUUAGCCGUGGAUCACGUGCGACGUUAGUUCGCCGUUUCGUGUCUCGCACGCCGCACAAACAAACUGACUAGACAAACCACUCUUCUUCCAUCGCCCAGGCACUAGAGCGAAGCACAGAAUGAUGGACGCCUCCCCUAAGGGGCUGGGUCUUGAUUUUACUAUUUAUAAUGUAUUUCCAUUUUGUUUUUUAAAUUCGGAAACACAAAACCCUCUUUAUCCCUAGCAAAGCAAAAGCCGACACAUUUCCUCACGUUACGUACACCCACCCUAGACGGUUAGCAACACCAACGAUAGUGAACCACACCCAGCACUGUUAUGAUUCAGGACAGUUACAGUAGCGUUAGACAUAAUUUGAGUGCACGUGCAAUGCAGCGCACAGAACAAACUGGCAUCGAAGCAUGCUAUGCGUUCGGUCUAAUGCAUCUUCGCUGCACUUAUCUACCAUAGACACACAUACACACACACCAGCAAAUAUAGCAAAAUUCAUCUCAUCAUCAUUGGCUAACCCACAUUAUAACCAUCAUCAGAGGGCUUCGGCGCUCGAGAUUAUUAGGGCGGGCCGACAAUACAACGCACAGCACACUAAGAUAGUUCGUAACAAGGGAAAGGAUGUCGAGAUAGGUAAUAACCGUAGUUAUGGCGCAACGGAACGCAUAGUAGCCAGGCCAGGCAACAGGCUUAUACGACCCUAUUUUCACUUUCUAUUGAGUUUCCGAUUUGAUAGAUCCGAUACGGGCAUUCUCGGGGAUAUUUCCGGUCGAGAAGGGGGGUUGAAGGGAUUUAACAAGACAAGGUUAGUGUUUCUCGUUACUUUUGCCCCCGUGUGUGCAUCGAUCGCGGGUGGCAUACGGUAUACGGCAGGGGUCUACCCCGCAACCGCCCAAAACCCAUGAUCGAACAAAUCGUUAACUUUAAAUAGAGAUUGGAAAAGAAAUCACUUAUUUAUUGAAACAAGACGCAUAAUACGAAACAAUCCCACUUCCAACUCUACCUUAACGUUAUUUAUUUCGCGGAACGGAAACUUAGCAUGUCUUUGUAGGGCAGUGACGAAGGAACAGCAAAGAGUAGCACGAUUGCGGGAAGGGAGGGCAAAGAAGGUGCAGUGAAUGGGAUAGAUAGAUAGAUAGAUAGAAGAGAAAAAAAAAUGGAUAAAGACGGACGGGCUGAGAGACGAGAGGGUGACAGCGAGAGGCAAAGCAGAGUAAUUUAUUUUAUAAUUAUAAUCCAUUAUCACACAACUUCCAUCAAGAAAGUUUUUAUCAUUACUGUCUCUGUCACAACUAACGGACACCUCACAACAACACUUCACAAACGCCCCCAAACCCCACAGUCACACAAUUCACAACGAAUCAAUUUACGGUUUUACAAUCCAAUCCCAGUCACCGCAGCACUUGCGAUGAAACAGAGUACGUAGUUUUUUUUUAAUAAGUAACUUCCCCCAAAACAUGCCACACCACUUCUGUGUAGUUUCAUUUUCGUUCUCAUAGUGUAUACUUAAACUAUUUAACGUGCAACAGUAUCUAAAGACAGGACACGGAAAAAACGUUUUCGUCGAUGAAUGCUUAUUUUAUGUGUAAAUAAUUUUAUCGAUCGACACAAGUCCAUUCAGAUGCUGCAUGAUUGGAAUAAAAGUAAAUAUAAAAUAAAA